GUCUAGACCCGCAUUCAAUGGCGUUCCCCGAUUUUAUUGUAUCGGAUUGAAUUUUAUUGACGUCGGCCAAUGCUGCGUAUUCACUGUCGAAGGCAUCCAUCCAAGCGCUAUCACAAGGCGCCGGCAGAGGAGAUACUCAUGAAUGUAUUUCUCGACAAUAUGACAAGAGGUGGAAGUGAACAACGAUGUCUGCAAUGAAUUAGGACAAACCAUUCCCUUCCCUCUGCUAUUGAGAAGUCAUUAGUAGCACUUGCAUUGAUGGAUCAGUUCGACUAUAAUACCCUCUGCAUACGAAACAUAAAUUUUUUCAUCCCCAGAGAUGUGGCGAUCGAGGGCCUUUGGGAGUUGGCCUCGCAAUAUGGAGAAGUAAAAGGUAUCAAUGUCCCCCCUCCUCAACCACCGAACCCAGAACGGGGGAACAGGGGAUACGGUUUCGUGUCCUAUCGACACCCGGCCGCACCUCGCGGGCCCCUCGGAGACGAUGCUGCAAGGCGCCGCGAGCCACGAGAGGGCAUACCAGGGGGCAGGCAGGAUAAUCGCCAUAUUGAAGGACCAGGGCAAGUCACGGAGCUGCGUCGCAGUCGCAACUGGGACCCCCACGCUGUUGGCCCCGACGGACACCACCAACUUGAACCCCGGGGUCAGGGCAGAAAUGAGCCUUCUAUCGGGCAGGCAGGCCCUGGGCGUCGUACCUCCGCCGAUCCUACUACUGCGGGCUCGAGCCGGAGGCAGCGGGGGGGCUACUCUGGAGAGGAACGAAGUCCCGAUGACAUACAACAUCAACGCAAAACGAAGACAGAUGAAUAUGGUGUAACUCAGUUACGUUACAGUGCCGGCAGUGGCUCAUCACGCAACCCAGAGGGUUCGAGCAGUCAACAACACCCCGAGCACCCCAAUGCACGGACCGUCAGUGAUCUAACCUCGGGAUCUUCAAGAGGAGCUUACAGUCUUGGGGAUGAUUCAAACGUAAUGCGCCCACAGCCCACUGCUGGAGGUAGUUCCGGGAGUCAGUACCGCAAUGUACAGACUCCCGGAAACCCGAUCUCCGGAGCUUCAGGAAGGGUUCACAAUCCUAGGGACGAUUCAGAAGCACACUUGAGGCGUCCACAGCACUAUGCUAGUGGCUCCGACAGUCGUCCAACUCUCAGUCCAGACAGUUCAGAUGACCAGUACUUACUGGGCCAGGAAAACCGCUUCAACGUACAUGUCAGCAGCAAUCCGGCCUCGGGACCAACGGGUCUUUACAGCCCAUAUGACUCUCCGCUUCCAGAGGGUUUUCAGGGACAAGAGCAGAGCCCCCUCCCAUCCACGGAUCCCCGGGGGCGACAGGAACACCCCGCAUACCCACAAGACCAAAGGCACAAUUACGACUCUGGGCGGAGGCCUCACUGAUGAGGAACGAAGGGGCGGCCACCAUGACGCUGGUCUGAUUGGUUCU